AUGGGCGAUAACGUUACGCAUGAUUCAGGUGCCGAAAAGGCGAAAGAAAAUUCUUCAAAUUUAGAGACUGACGCUACAAAGGCAUCUGCUACUACAGAAUCUGGCUUCAAUUUGCGAAAAUUAUGGCCUGAUAUUAUCAAAAUACCUAGUAAUAGAUGGGUUUUCUCAUGUAAAGAGAUUGUUGAUAGACUUGGGACUGAUCCAAAGACUGCUCAUCUUACUAAGAAGAAAAUGGAAAAAUGCUUGAUGUACUUCUAUAUGUUAAAGAAGAACCUUCGACUAUAUGACCACACUUAUACUGCUGCGUGCAUUUUGUUUUUCCGAUAUUGGUACAUGUAUGAACUACCUUCCUCAAUGCCUGAUUGCAUCCAUUUGGCCCAGGCGAUACUUGCUACCGCUUGUAAGGCCAUGGAGAACAACAGACCGCUUGAUAUGUACGUGAAAGCUACCUGUGAAUUUAUGAUGAAAGAUAUGUUACAGCAGCGUGGAAGGCAGAACAUGGAUAAGUUGAAGUGGGAUGUCCGGGACAAAUUGGUUAAGUUUGAGAAACAGCUUCUCUGCCAAUUUGGCUUUGAUCUAGACCUACAAAACCCCAAGGAGCUAAUCGAGGAGAUUUUUAGCGGAUUUUAUAGGUACAACCGAGAUGAUAAGAUGGAUGAAGAGUUUAAGAGGGUCUUUCCAAAAAUACUGCUUGAAGCAAGGACUUUUAUUAUUCAGGCGGGCACACAACCUGUAUCGCUGCUGUGCGAUGGCUUCACAUUUACCGCUCUGGCGAUUAUAUAUGCUGGAUUACAGUACCUGCGAAAUGAAGAUAAGAACUUCAAGUUUCCUAAAAACUUUUUCAGUGAACGGUUUCCAGUUAGACUUACGAGUUCUAUGAUUGUGGACUUAUUCACUGAUUAUAGAAUACUGGAGGACAACUUCUUCGACCUGAAGAGUAACAAGGGUGAUAAGCUGGAAGUAAAAGUAGAUGAAAUUGAGAAGCUAAUAGACGAGGAUGAACAAGAGGAUCUACCGAACAUUGUUGAUCCUUAUGAUUAUGAAAUUAUUAAGAAUGGGGAGUGUAAACAGGAAUUCUUAGAUCAUACAGAAUCCAAACUUCGGGAGCUACACGACAAAAUUGUUAAUGAUAGUGGUAAAAAGAGACCAGUUACUGAAGAGGGCCUCACAAAAAACGAUACAAAGAGGAUGAAAGUUUGA